AUGAGUGUCCCGAUCCCAACAAUCCUCGACUGGAGUAAUGAGCCCUCAAAUUCCAUAGGAAGCGAAUAUAUCAUCAUGGAACAUGUCGAAGGUGUUCAGCUACACAAAAAAUGGCCAGAGAUGGCUGGCGAUGAACGGGUAAGGUGCAUCAAUGCAAUCUACCGGAAGCUCAAAGAGAUAGUAGACUUGCAAUUCCCCGCUUUUGGCAGCGUGAAUUUUGAAGCGAACCUGCAAUCUGGCUGCAAAGGAAUCUCCCUGGGCGGUGGAUUUUGUGUCGGGCUACAUUGCGGAUCCAGAUACUGGGAUUGCAACAUUAGUGAACCAAGAUAUUACCAUAAUACCCAGUCGAAUCGGGGACUAUGGACUACUCUUGAUCAAUAUUGCGAUGGCCUUGUUGAUGCCGGCCUUUCUAGGAUCCCUCCCAAGGAUUACUUAGCGGAGAAACGGCCCUCAUACCAUGGCUCUGUUCAAGCACAUUUGGACAUCCUGCAGCGCUGCCGGUCUGUACUUAAAGAAAUGUGCAAAGACCCCAGGAUUCAAGCAGCAGCAACACUCCACCCCGAUCUACACAAACGAAAUAUAUUUGUGUCGGAAACCGACUCGUCAAAAAUAACAGGCAUUAUUGAUUGGCAGUGGACUAGUAUCGAACCCGCAUUUUGGUAUGCGGAUGAUGUACCGGAUUUUGCAGUCACUGAUGAUUCUGAUAACAACCUCUGCGCAAAAGCAUUUGGUGCUUGCACUCGCUUCCUCACCCCAAAGCUGUCUGGUCCUAGAUUAAUGGAUGAUAAUCUUUUCCGGCCAUUUCUGUAUAGCUAUAGAACGUGGAAAGACGGCGCUGUUGCCCUCCGGCAUGAGCCGAUUGAGACGACCAGAAAGUGGAACGAAUUAGGUUUUGUUGGCCAGAAUAAAGACCCGAGAAAUGAGGAGCCAGUGAAGGAUGAGGCAGUCCUUAGAUCCAUAUGGCCAUUUGAUCUCUCAAGUCUUGAUACUAGCUCUUUGAUUGGAUCUAUUGCAAAACAAACUCUUAUUGGACAUGACACUUUGCACAAGCACAAUAUUUGCCAUGGAGACCUUCAUACUCGCAACUUGGUCUUUGCCAUGUCUUGUCUGGAUGACUUUGUUGAAAGUGAUUUGAUCAAGGGAUUAGGACAGCCAGAGACUGGCUAUAUUCGAAGAAGAGAUGGAAAAGUACCUGAGCCCGGCGUGCCUGAAAAUGUUAUGAGACUUAAUGUAUAUCAACCGUAG